UACAACCUUCGUAGUUCCCACUUCCUCUUUAGCGCGACGCGGUUUUCUAUUCAAAUUCCAAAAGGGAUUUGGUUUCUUCACCUUCUCUCCCUGCCUUUACCUUUGCUCUCCAUUCUUCUUCUUCUUCUUCUUUUUCUUCCUUCAAACUGGAAUCCACUGUUGCCGCGGCAGUUUGAAGUUGUUUUGGUUCAUUCUGGGCCGGAUUCAGGCGUUUCGUUCACGGACAAAAUGCCAGAAAUUCAGUUGGGCACUCACACUGUGAGAUCUCAUGGAGCUCGUUUAGCAAGAAUCCAUAUGCAUGAUUGGUUAAUCCUUUUGCUUCUUGUGGUGAUAGAGGUCGUGUUAAACGUUAUAGAACCAUUUCAUCGGUUUGUUGGACAGGAGAUGAUGACAGACCUGAAAUACCCACUACAAGAUAAUACUGUUCCCAUUUGGGCAGUCCCAAUAAUUGCCAUAUUGAUACCCUUUAUUGUGUUUGUUAUCUACUAUUUCAUUAGAAAGGAUGUAUAUGAUCUCCACCAUGCCAUAUUAGGACUUCUGUUUGCUGUUUUGAUAACUGGAGUAAUGACUGAUGCUAUUAAGGAUGGUGUUGGUAGGCCACGUCCUGACUUCUACUGGCGCUGUUUCCCUGAUGGCAAAGGGGUGUUUGAUCGAAACACAACUGGUGUGUUAUGUACAGGAGAUAAGAAUGUUAUUAAAGAAGGAUAUAAAAGUUUCCCAAGUGGGCAUACGUCCUGGUCUUUUGCUGGCCUUGGAUUUCUUGCUUGGUAUUUGUCUGGGAAAAUAAGGGCAUUUGACCAAAGGGGCCAUGUUGCAAAACUCUGUAUUGUGUUCCUACCCCUGCUUAUUGCAGCUCUUGUUGGUGUUUCUCGAGUUGAUGACUAUUGGCAUCACUGGCAAGACGUUUUUGCUGGGGGUCUUCUGGGGCUGACAAUUGCUUCAUUCUGUUAUCUGCAAUUCUUUCCAGCACCUUAUCACAUUGAUGGUUGGGGACCCCAUGCAUACUUUCAGAUGUUAGCAGAGUCUCGUAACGAAGUUCAAGCAUCUUCUCCGAAUGCCAACAAUAAUAACGUGCAACAAUCAGAAAUUGAAAGUGUCUACAUUCAACCUCAGCAUGAAAUGAGAUUCAAUACACAGGACUCAAGCCCCAUGCUGAACAGAUAGAGUGGAACAAGAAUAUGAACUCAGAGCUUUCAUUGUGAGAAUAGACUACGUUCAGAUUUGGUAAAUAGGUAGGGAGAAUGUGCAAGUCUUCUGAAACAAAAUACUCUCCUAGAUGGGCUUGAAAUGAAGACGUCCAUAUUUAUAUUCUUUGAUUCUUUCUCUUCAUUUCCCCCCAUAUAGUUCUGAUGACCGCUUAUUUGAGAUUUCUGGUUUGGAAGUGUGGAAUUAUUAUUUAGAUGCAACUUUGCAUACUGAUUAGGAAUAGGAUGGAACAGAACUGAAUUCAUUUCUUAUCAUUGUGUGGAUGUCUUGAGUUAUAGUUUGACAUUGACAAGAAAGGAUCGACCCCAUCACCCCUAUUAGGGGCUAUUACCCAUGUCACGUGAAACAUAAAUACAAAGCGAAAUGUUAAUUCAUUCCUUUAAAUUUUA